AUGCUCGCGGGCCUGCGCGUCGCGGCGCGCGCCGCGCCGCGCCUUCGCGCGGCGCGCCUCCUGAGCAGCGGGUCCCACAGCGACUUCGAGACCGUGCGCGCCGCCGUCCCCGACACGCCCGCCGGCGUCAAGGCCAUGAUCCAGGAGCAGGUCGACGGCAACACGGUCAUGCUCUACAUGAAGGGCACGCCGGCGCGGCCCCAGUGCGGCUUCAGCCAGCAGGUCUGCCGCAUCCUCCACGCGACGGGCGUCGAGUUCGCGAGCGUGAACGUCCUGGAGGACGACGCGCUCCGCGAGGGCAUCAAGGAGUUCUCGGAGUGGCCCACGAUCCCCCAGCUCUACGUCGGCGGCGAGUUCGUCGGCGGCUGCGACAUCGUCACCGAGUCCUUCCAGUCCGGCGAGCUCGACGAGGCCUUCAAGGCCGCGGGCGCCAAGUGA